UAACUGAGGAAGCUAAGCUAAGCUAGCUAAACAAACCACAUGCUAAUAGGCUCCUGUGCUGCCUGACAGGAAAGAAACUGAGCUGUGUUGACCUUGACUCCAGUUAGAUACAGAGACUAAAUUCAAAUGUACUGCAAUUCAUCACUUACAUAUUAUAUAGGUGUUGUGUAGAUAAUAUAUAUGUUUGUCUCAGUUGUCAGGAUGAUGUCAGAACCUUCACUUUGGGUAAAGUUACAGCCUAAUAAGAAAAUACUCCAUUAUAAGUAAAUACAUUCAGCUAUUUAGAGGAGUGAAACCUGAUAAGAGGAAGAACCCAUUAGGUUUAUCAGUAGAUAUGGAGAAACAGGCAGAUCCAGACAUUUCUUUGUCACCUUCUCUAACAGUCAGUGUGUUAGUCUUGGUUUGUGAGCUAUGUUCCCUCUGAGCUUCUUCCUGGUGACCCUUUGUCUCCCCUCAUCUCUGCAGCAGCAGCAGCACCGUAGGACCUGUCAUGGAGCCGGUCCUGCACCAGUUGCACCCAAGGAUGUUCCAACGCCUCCACAGGACCUUCAUUCUUCUGAAGAGGACUCACUCGGGCUGUGCUGAACACAACACCGCUCCUGCCUCCACUCGGUACAGACCCCCGCUCCUGGUGUCACGCCUCUACCAGCCAUCAAACCUGCGUGAUGUGGGGCAGGACAGCCGGCUGCCGGGAGACAUGACGUGUAAGAGCCAGAGGCUCAUGCAGCAGGCGGGGCUCAUCCACCCGUCCAACCCAGGCUGUUACUACUACCUCCCUGCCACGGUCCGCUCCAUGGAGAAGCUGGUGAGAGUGAUUGACCAAGAGAUGCAGGGGAUCGGUGGACAGAAGAUGGACAUGCCCAGUCUGUGCUCGGCUGAUCUGUGGAAAACCAGUGAGCGCUGGGACUUGAUGGGAAAGGAGUUGUUCCGUCUGCAAGAUCGUCAUGGAGGCGACUACUGCUUGGGUCCCACACAUGAGGAGGCGGUGACCACUCUGGUUGCUCACCAGGCAACUCUCUCCUACAGACAGCUUCCUUUGCUCCUUUACCAGAUUACCCGCAAAUUCAGGGACGAGCCGAAGCCAAAGUUUGGUCUUCUUCGAGGGAGGGAGUUCUACAUGAAGGACAUGUACUCAUUCGAUGUGAGUGAGGAAGCUGCGUACCAGACCUACGAGUCUGUAUGCCAGGCAUACACCCGGCUCUUCUCCCGGCUGGGCCUGCUUUGUGUUCAGGUGCAGGCAGACACAGGAAAUAUCGGUGGUAAACUCUCCCAUGAGUUCCAGCUGCCGGCAGACAUCGGCGAGGAUCGGCUUCUAGUCUGUGGGAACUGCUCCUUCUCUGCUAAUGUGGAGACCAUGUCAUCAGACGAAACUGACUGCCCAAAGUGUGAAACUGGGACUCUGGUGGAGUCGAAGGGUAUAGAGGUGGGACACACCUUUUACCUGGGGAAAAAAUACUCUCAAUUAUUCAAUGCCACCUUCAGCAAUGCCCAGAACAAGCCCAGUGUUGCUGAAAUGGGCUGCUUUGGUCUUGGAGUCACCCGUAUUCUCGCUGCAGCCAUUGAGGUGAUGUCAACAGAGGAGGGGAUCCGCUGGCCGGGGCUCCUCGCCCCGUACCAGGUCUGUGUUCUCCCUCCAAAGAAAGGCAGUAAAGUGGACGAGGUGGCUCUUUUAGCCGAUGACCUGGUUCACACUUUGGGAGAAGCGUUGCCACGUUUGAGAGGUGAAGUCGUUCUUGAUGACCGUACACAAAUGACUAUUGGAAAGAGGCUGAAGGACGCCAACAGACUGGGCUACCCAUAUGUUAUUGUAGUCGGGCAGGGCGCACUAGAGGACACACCCAGGUUUGAGGUGAUCUGUCAGCAGACAGGUGAAACAAUGUUCCUCAGUAAAGAUGGACUGUUAGAUCUACUGGGAAAAGUGGAAACUGUAUGAAUCAGGUGGAAAUAAAUGUUUUUAUUGUGUGUAUUUCUACCACUGAGCUGGAAGGGAGGGAGGAGAAAAAUAUUGUAUGUGUUGUGAGGGGACAGGAGGGUGAUUUCACAAAGUUUAAAACCUAUAAAACUUAUUGACAUGGCCAAUUGGCAAAUAACUCAAUGUCACAAUAAAAGCUUUGUAAUGAUAUUUAGAAUAUGAA